GAGGCGCUUCCGCGCGGAGCGGCGGGCGGUCGGGCUGCGCCAUGCAGCCGUGGUUCCCGCCGCCGGGCAGCACCGGGGCCUUCUUCCUCCUGCUGCUGCUGCCGCCCUUGCUGCUCGUCCCCUUUGUGCUCCUGGCGAGGAGACGCCACGACCGGCGGACGCCUCCCCUCAGGCUGCUAGUGGUGGCCGGCUCCGGAGGGCACACAACAGAAAUCCUGAGGUUGCUCAGUUGUUUGUCAGAGUCGUACUCUCCUAGAUGUUAUGUUCUUGCAGACUCCGAUAAGAUGAGUGAAGCUAAAAUACGUUCUUUCGAACAAAAAAGGGCUGAAAGGUUCUCCAAUUCCCAGUUCACCCUUGAUCGCAUUCCCAGAAGCCGUGAGGUUAGACAAUCUUGGACCUCCUCUGUGGUAACAACCGCAUACUCCAUACUUUAUUCCCUUCCUUUGACGUACAAACUGAAACCAGAUUUGAUACUGUGCAAUGGACCAGGAACAUGUGUUCCUGUCUGUAUAUCUGCUCUUCUUCUUGGGCUUCUAGGAAUGAAAAGAGCAAUCAUUGUGUACGUAGAAAGCAUCUGCCGCGUGGAAACUUUAUCCCUGUCUGGAAAGAUUCUUUACUACUUUUCAGAUUACUUCAUUGUUCAAUGGCCUGCUCUGAAGGAAAAAUAUCCCAAGUCAGUUUAUCUUGGUCGAAUAGUCUAACAGAGGACAGGCUUUACCUGAAAUAAACUCUGAAAGCUCCGCACUGAUGAAAUUCAUUCAUGUAACGUAAUUUAUUUUCAAGGAUUCCUGUUAAAAAUUAGGCCAGUACUGGAAAAACAGGCAGUAAUAAAGAUAUCUCUACAUUACAGUA